ACGAUUGGUUCCUGGGUCCGGCCGCGAGAUUUGAAAGGCACGCCGAGGCCAUUCAAAUGUCCGCCUUCCGGUGUCGGUGUCCUGGCAGCGCUGCUCCUCCUUUGGCUCGCACCCAUCUGGGCUCCCCCGAAAGAAUGUCUGUCUUGGAUAUGAUUAAAGAGUUUAGGAGGAACUGGCGUGCUUUCUGUACCUCUGAAAGAACCACUUUAUGUGGUCCAGACUCCAUGCUCCUGGCGCUGCAGCUUUCCAUGGCCGAGAACAACAAGCAGCACAGUGGAGAAUUUGCAGUCUCUCUCAGUGAUGUGUUACUGACAUGGAAAUACUUCUUACAUGAAAAGCUGAGCUUGCCCACGGAAAACAUGAAAGUGGUUGACCACUAUGAAGACAUUAAGAAAACGUACGACAAUUUCUUCAAGAAUAGUAAUAUGCUAGAUCUGAUUGAUGUCUAUAUGAAAUGUAGCAACUUGACCUCCAGUUGUGAGAAUAACAUGAUAUCCUCUGGCCACGUUGUGCAGAGGCCUAGUGCGGAAGGUGGACUCCUGAUGCCCUGCCGGGAUCUCUCUGCUCCCGCGGAAGAAGCUUCUGUGUCAGCCCGCUUGACCCAACGUCCUCGGCAGAAGCAACAGUCUCUUGCAGCCUUGUCUCCGAGCUCGACAUUUCCCAAGGUUUUCCACAAAACUCGCAGCAGGAGACGAGACCCAAGGAAGCUGGCAGCCGCCAUGGAGCGGAGUCAGCUCCGGGACUUUCUGUCUGGCACACAGUGGGCAGUGGACGAUGAGAGUGAUCCUCAGGUACCUGCAUCCCCGGUGAAACGCAGACAGGACGAUGAGAAGGUACGGCUAUUGGCGAAGAAAAUUUUCUUUUCCUAUUUGGGCCUGCUGGUGAAUUCAAAGAAUGACUUAGCUCUGGCUCAGGUGCUCAACAUCCCUGACCGAGGACUGGGGAGAGAGGCCUUCACCACCUUGAAGCAUGCUGCUCGAGAGAAACAGCUGUCCAUGUUUUUGAUGGCCACCUCGUUUAUUAGAACCCUAGAGCUUGGAGGGAAGGGCUAUGCGCCGUCACCGUCCGAUCCUUUGCGGGCACAUGUGAAAGGGCUCUCUGACUUCAUCAAUUUCAUUGACAAGUUGGACGAAAUUCUUGGAGAAAUAAGAAACCCAAGCCUGGCAGGGGGCCGGAUAUUAUCGGUGCUAAAGAUGCAGCUGAUCAAAGGCCACAACAGUGGAGAUCCUUUUUACAAGGCUGUAGAGGAAGUUGUUCGGGAUUUGGAUCUGAGGAUUAAGAAUAUUAUCAGUUCUCAAGAAGGCGUAGCCGUCAGCACCACCGGCGUCAGUCCUGCAGCGCCAAAAUCUUUUGCCAUAAACCAUGACACUGCAUACUGUGGCAGAGACGCUGUGAAAAUUUUGCUGGUUCUUUUGGAUGAAGACGCGGCCAGUGCUCCCACCAGAAACAGAGCAGAACUUUUAUAUAACGAUGAGAGUGUAGUGCCACACAGCGGACCUUCUUUUGUCACGCUCUUCAGGUCUCCCACACAGGUGGAUAAUACAUCAAUUAAACCCCUCAGAGAGCGAAUCCGUAAGUCAGUGCAAGCAGAAAAAGUUAAGAUGAGGCAGACCUUAAUUAGAUCACAGUUUGCUUGUACUUAUAAAGAUGAGUGUGCGGUGAGCAAGAACAGAUGGAAUGGUGAUUUAUCAUCAAAGCCGUCUCAUGCUCUUCACCUGGAAAGUGAUGCUUCUGGUACCCUUUCUUCUGUUGGAAGAGAAAGAAUUGAAACAAGUUCUGAAGGUGUGCAUCGAGACAGAAGUAAAGACAACAAAAUACCUAGAAAACCUACAGAAAAGAAAAUACCCAAAAGGAAGCAGGUGGAUCUAGACAGCGACAGUGUCCCCUGUGAUAACGGAAAUGAACCGCACCAAGAUAAACUUGUUAAGUUCCCUAAAGUACCCAGUGACUCACACAGUAAAGCUGGUGGCAAACCAGCCCGCGGAACGAAAGGCAAUAGGUGUACUGCCAGGGUCAAAUUGAUUCCUGGCCAGACCAAGUUAACUCAGUUUUUUAGGCUAUGAUUUUGUCAUCUGUGUGCUUUAGAUUUAUGUAUAGAAGACCAUUCACCAAAGCCAUGAGCUAACUUUUAAAUAUCAUGAUGUAAAUUCUGAUGCUUUAUUAUUUUGAUAGAUGGAUGAGAGGCACACAUGUUAACCACUGUUCAAAAAUACCAGUAAGUCAGGAUUAUGCAGGAAUUUCAUAAAGUUUAAUGCACAAGUCAAAGCAUAUCAUGUAGGUCAUUACGUCUUAACUAUUUUCAAACAGACAUUUAGGAUAAUACACAAGUCAUAUCAACACCAAGGGCUUUUCUCUCCCCUUGCAAUGAAUUGCGUUCUUCUGGAAGGACGGUGUGGACCAGCAGGACUCAGACUUGCCAGCAGGGUCGGUAGACUCUCCCCAGCAUACACCUGAGCACUGAGAGGGAACAGAUGACAACGCAGUUACCACACAGAAUCAAGGAAAGUUAUGGACCUGUUUUAAUAAAUUCUGAAUAAAUCAAACCACAAUUACUGAGUUUUAGGAAUUUCCCAUUUUGACAGGGUCACCUGCUGUCUGGUAGAACUGAACCCGUGUUCUUACUACACACUGACGUAGUCAGUUAAGCUCAGACUGCUUUUUAGAGAAUUAAGAUGUAGGAAUUGAAGUUUUCAAAGCUACUCACUGUCAAAAUCUCGCCUUCCUAUGGGAAACUUAGCUGAGUUUUCUUCAUCCCCAAUUUCUCUCUUUUCUUGUGUUGACUCAGAAUUCUGAACUCCAUUCUCAGCUGGAAAAGCUACUGAUCCUUUCAGAGCGAGAUAAGGUUUUAUAGCCAGAUUCAGUGGCAGACCAUGACUUAGGAGAUUCUGUUUGGAGCCUGUGUUCUGUAAAGAGAAGGUUGGUUUGUGUUCCAGCUCUCGUCUUCAGCACAGACAAGCUAAAAUACAGUUGCCCAGCAUGCUUGCUGAUCAAUUCUAAGGUGCUCUACACUGUUUUUCACUUCUAAAAUAUCUUAGAUACAAGAAGCAAAGCUUUUGGAUAAGAUGGGGAAGUAAGAUGGGUACGUGUGAAAUUGUACUAGUUGUCUGGACGCGUACUGUGACUGUAGUGGCAGUAUUCCCAAUUAUAAAAUGAAAACACCAAGUUUACUUCUGGGUGGUUUAUAAUAUAACAGUCAUUUUCCUUCCUGUUGUAAUAAUCAGGCUGCGUGUACUUACCUUGGAAUUCUUGUUCUCGUCGUCGCCCAGGAAGCCGCUGUCAUCGUUUUUAUAUUGUUCCAGAGAGGGAGCCACAACCGAUCUUUCUGCGGUGUCUUCCUUCUGGAAGGCUUUCCCCAUCCUAAACGUGUUAAAUACCAUGUCGUCUUCUAAAUUUCUUAUGGACUUGGAAGCUGAAAGUAAAAUACCUUGAGAAAACAAAGAAACAACCAGCAUUAACAUGUAGGAAGAGAGACUCAUUUUUGCCAUCCUUAGUUUGAUGCUUGCAUAAAGCGUAGCAAGAAUGUGGAAAAUGAAAACUUUCGCACUCUGACAGUGGCUGAAUGAUUCCCUACCUUUAUAUGUUUUCUGCCUGAAUAGAAAACACUUGAAGGGCUUAUCUUUUCAUUCUCUAGAAGUGACUCAUCACGGAGGGCCUAGCCUCUUGUAAAGCCGCUAGUGUCUGAUCGCUUGGGUUUUAGUGCCCUGUUGUUUAUUUUGUGUGUGAGUUUUCUCAGAAUCUGAUUAAAGUCUUUGAUAGAAGGCUUUCUAUUGAAUAGAUUAUAGGCUCUUGAAAGUGGGUUGUUAUUAAGGAAGGACCACAGGACACCAGGCUCUUUUAAUAAGACUGUUUCCUUCUUUGUGGUUUCUGAUUAAGUUAUUAAAACACAAGUUACUUCAUUCACGGAUGAUAAGGAUAAAGUUUUAUGCUCUUUUAAUCCUUCUUAAAUAGAAGUUAUCUCCAGAAAAGAGUUUUAUUUUGUAAAUACUUGAUAUAAUCUUUUGUGAUCUAAAGUGCAUACGCUUGUCAGUAUUAACAAAAUAAACAAACCCAAAACCA